GAAGAAGAGACACCAAAAGAAAAUAAAAAAUCUGCAGGCAAUAAGAAAAAUGUCAAAAAAGAAGAAACAACAUCUAAUGAAGAAGAGAAAAAAUGUGUAGACAUGGAUACUGAUGCCAAAAAUGAAGACAAGACACCCAAAGAAAAAGAGAAAAAAUCUGCAGGCAAGGAGACAAAUAUCAUAAAAGAAGAAACAACAUCUACUGAUAAGGAGAAAAAAAGUGUAGACAUGGAUACAGAUGGCAAAAGGAAGGAAAGAAAUCCAAAAAAAAUAAUAAAAAAUCUGCAGGCAAGGAGACAAAUUUAAAAAAUGAAAAAAAGACGUUUAAUGAAGAAGAGAAAAAAUGUGUAGACAUGGAUACAGAUGUCAAAAAGGAAGAAAAGGCUUCCAAAGAAAAAGAGAAAGCACCCGCAUGCAAGGAGGCAAAUGUCAAAAAUGAAAAAAAGACAUUUAACAAAGAGAAAAAUAAUUCUGCUGGCAAGAAGAAACAAUUCAAAGAAAAAGAAAAGACUUCUACCUGGCAACAAAAAAAGUCAGACUUCGAAAAUAUGAGUGUGGAAGAAAAACGUGUUCACUAUCGCUGUGGACGAGACUAUGUCAUUCUGAAAUCAAUUUCUUCCUGGCCUGAUUAUGUUGAAGAAAAAUACCCCAAAUUUGUAAAAAAAGAGUCUGUCACUGAAGAUGAUGUUUUAAACAAGGUUUCUUUGUGGAGAGGUGAUAUCACACGUUUAGAAAUUGAUGCGAUCGUCAAUGCAGCCCACACCAGAUUGCUGAGUGGUGGUGGAGUUGAUGGCUGUAUACACCGUGCUGCAGGAAAGUGUCUUUAUGAAGAAUGUUACACGCUAAACGGGUGUGAAACUGGCAAUGCUAAAAUUACUUCAGGUUACAAACUUCCUGCAAAAUAUGUCAUUCAUACCGUCGGUCCCAUGGAAGAGAAUAAAUUGCUGUUGAAAAGUUGUUAUGAGUCCUGUCUUAGCAUAGUAAAGGAAAAAAAAUUGGAGUCUGUCGCGUUCUGCUGCAUUUCAACAGAAAUAUAUGGUUAUCCAAUUGAGAAUGCUACAGAUGUCGCUUUGAUGACAGUCAAAGAUUGGUUAGAAAAUAACAAAAGCUGGGCAGGUCGGAUCAUCUUCUGUGUAUUUUCAAAAGAUGAGUUGCAUGUAUAUGAAAAGAAAAUGUUCAAGUACUUUCCAUUGACGAAAAAAACCAAUGAACAAAUGAAUGUUGAUAAUGAUGGUAGUAGAGCUGAAAUGGAUACCGGAAGUAAAUCAAAUGAUAAAGAUGAAACUAGACGUCCUACACUAAUCAAUAAAAUAGAAACCAGUGAAGCAUUGACGAAUGAGUUAUCCAUGGUCAAAGGAAAAACUUGUGAGACAAAUAUUUUAAAAGAAAAAGGAAACAAACGACUAGUAUCAGGUGAUCCAAGGGAAACCUCCACCAAAAAAUAUUUGCGAACAUUUAAAGAAACAGAUGAAAAAAGUGAGCUCACUAACGAAAAUCCUUUAGAAAAAGAAGAUGGACGUCAACAUAACAAUAUGGAUAUGACCUCUGGGCAGGAAUUUACCAACAAGAAUUCUCCGGAAGAAGGACAUGGAGGUGAAUCUGUUGUUACGGAAGCGGCGUCUGUGAAGAUGACGGAUGCGUGAAAUCUGUUGUGUUUACAGUGAGGAAAACGAAAUAUUUAAAUUACGCGACCAAACUUGCAGGCUGGCUAGAGGAAAUUGCAAUCAAUUGCGCUGACUGUGAAAACGAGCAACGCGGCUGUGACUUCUGAGAGACGUAAUCCAGUCUGGAAAACGUACCAUGGCCACGCUUUGACCCAUUUCACUUUGGAAUAGACACCAAACACUCCUACAGCCGAGUAAAGAAUUAGGGAGGACGUAAAGAGAUUGGCUGCGCUUGAGAAAUAAAUGAGCGAAAAAUAGACACGAUCGCCUCUCGUCUUUCUUCGGAAAAAUGGAGGAAUAUUGGCGGGAACAUUCAACAAGGGUUAUAAAUGUUUAUGAUGUACUUGUAAUUUUCUUGAAACAGUUUUUGCUUUGUAAAAGAAGUGAUGGAAACCGUGUUUAUGUUAGUGAUGCUUAUGACAAUUAUAGAGCAGAUGAGGUUUAUAGAAGGAUUGUCAAAUAUGGGCCUUUGUGGACAGAAUGGGUCAGAUUUAUUCGAAAUGUUUGCCAGCAUUGGUACGGUCGACCAAUGCUGCAACAAGAAUUAUUUAAAAAGAUUGGCGAUCCGAAGGAGUAUUUUCUUAAAACUUUCCCCAGUCUCCCUGUUCGUGUGAAAGCUGAGGACGAAAUAAAAAAUAAAUCACCAGUCAAAAAAUUUUUUAAUUUAAAUGACACGAAUGAAUAAGAAAUGCUAUUUUUGUUUCUACAACCGUUGCAGGUUUGUCAUAUACGAAAUUUUACAAUGACUUACCCUUCAAAAUUAGUUUAUCGUGCAUCAACAAUUCAGUGUAGUAUAUAGUUAUCGAUUAAAUAUUUGACUUUUUGGUAUUA